GAUUUGCUUCGCACGCUGCACACGAAUGCAGUUGGUCCUUUGAUGAUGGCUAAGAUGUUCAGUCCACUGCUGCUGAAUGGCAGUGGUCAGUUUGGUACCUUGUCCUCUGACCCCAAGGCUGCCCACUGUGGCGUCAUCGCCAAUAUGUCUGCCAAAGUCGGCUCCAUCACAGAUAAUGGUCUUGGAGGUUGGUACAGCUACAGAAUGUCCAAGGCAGCCCUCAAUAUGGCCACCAAAAACCUCGGUAUAGAAUUUGGACGAGGCCGGAAGAGAAUCAUCUGUGUGUCACUUCAUCCCGGCACAGUAGAUACGGACUUAUCUAGACCUUAUCAUAAAAACGUGCCCAAUUUAUUCACCACUGAAUACUCUGUUAACUGUUUGUUAAAAGUCGUAGAUUCAUUAACUGUAGAGGACUCCGGAAAAUUCUUCACUUAUGACAGGACUGUGUUGCCAUGUUAAAUUUAGUAGUAAAAAGGCCUUACUAUCCUCACAUAUUUUCAUUUGUCAUAUACCAGGUACUUCAUAUUAAAAUGUAUUACUGAUCUAG